AUGACAGCGGAGAACCAACAGUCCCCUACCAGAGCUACUGGAGCGGGCACCAACCUACAACAAUCAAGUAACUUUUCUAUGCCAGUAGUAAAAGUGGAGAAGGAAUCAGUCCCUGAAGCAAGUGUUUCCAGUGGAACUUCUGAAGCAGAGGACACACCUAAAGGAAGAAGAAGAAAAAGACCCCUGCAGAGGGGUAAACCGCCUUAUAGUUACAUUGCUCUCAUAGCAAUGGCCAUCGCUCAUUCUUCUGACAGAAAACUUACUCUAGGAGGCAUCUACAAGUUCAUUAUGGAAAGGUUCCCUUUUUACCGGGACAACUCAAAGAAGUGGCAGAACUCCAUCAGACACAACCUUACCCUCAAUGAUUGCUUCAUCAAAAUCCCUAGAGAGCCAGGGCGGCCUGGGAAAGGCAAUUACUGGGCCUUGGACCCUAAUGCCGAAGAUAUGUUUGACAGUGGAAGCUUCCUUAGAAGAAGGAAGAGAUUCAAAAGGACAGAUCUCACCACAUAUCCAGCUUACAUACAUGACACUAGUAUGUUCCCACCUCUACAAAUGAGUAGGCCGUCAUAUCCAAAUUCUGUGUAUUCUAACAUGACGAUGAGCCCCACAUAUGGUCAGCAGAUCACCCCUCAUUCAUCUGUCUAUUACCCAUCUUCUUCUCCUGCCUUUGGUUCUAGCCAGUCCAGAGUGUUCAGCAUUAAUACACUUAUAGGGCAUUCCAGCGGCACAGAGCAUACCCAGCAGACAAGCAGAUCCAUGAGUCCAGAGGUCAACUCUCCCAAUACCAGCUCUUGCAAUUACACUGGUGCAAGUUAUAACAGCCAAGCAGGGGGAGGCAUGCUACAAAGACCUGCCAACCCCAUGCCAUACUCCUAUCCAGUGCCCAACAGCCACCUACAGGUGAAUCAAGGUUCUUAUUCACAUGGCAACACACAGUUGUUUGGCACAUCCAGCAGAUUAGCCAUGCCCACAUCUCCAGUGAUGAACGGUGAUAGCAUGGACUUUUAUGGCAGGAUGUCUCCUGGACAGUACACCUCAUUGACUGCCUACAAUAGUAAUGGACAGCUAACCAGCACAAGUGCCUAUCUGCGACAUGCAACUUAUUCUGGAAACAUGGACAGGUUUGUGUCUGCAGUUUAA